CAGCUUUGGACGUUCACUGUUUGGGGCUCUCUCUCUCCGGCAACCUGAGAUAACAGAAAAGAACAUUAGAUUCACUUUCUGGUCUCCAUCAGUUGCUGGUGGGAGUUUACCGCCACCAGUUUUCCGCGCAAAGCUUUUCCAACAAUUAAGCUUCCAUUCAAUCGAUUGAAAGAUCAAAGAGAGAUCGAGAGAAUAUAUAUAUAUAUAUAUUAUAUAUAGAGAGAGAGAAUGAGAGUGAUAUAUGGCAUGAGAUAAUCAAGUGAUGCAUAUGCAUGUUUCUUAUUUAAACCUAUCUCAUCUCUAUUUUCCCAUUCCUUGAAAACCUUUCCUUUUUCCUUUUUCCUUUUUCCUUUGCUUUCUCUUCCUUUCUUUUCUCGGGAUCUGAUGUUUCUUGACAAGCACAGGACAGUUUGAUUGAUUUUUCUGAGAGUAGAAACAAACAAACAGUUUCUUGAUCAGUUCAAUUCCCGAGGAAAUAGUUUUAGUUCCGACCAUCUCUCUUUUUUUGCUUCUUUUUUGUCUGCCGGUUCAGUGGGCUCAAAAAGUACUUGCAGGAGUUAGUGACAAAAGCUAGAGAGCCUUCAAAGUUUCUUUUAUAUCUCUUCAUUGGUUGGUGGAAACGAGCUAGAUUGGGUUCAACCCAGAUCUGUGGAAGAAUUUUUUGAUAGCGUUGGAUAGGGUAUACAGUAGUGGAUUAUCAUCAAGGUUAUCAAUCGAACCUGGGAGAAUAUGAAUACUUUUUCGCAUGUUCCUCCUGGUUUUAGAUUCCACCCCACAGAUGAAGAACUCGUUGAUUACUACCUUAGAAAAAAAAUUGCUUCAAGAAGAAUUGAUCUAGAUGUCAUUAGAGAUGUUGAUCUCUACAAAAUUGAGCCAUGGGAUCUUCAAGAGCUUUGCAAGAUAGGAACUGAAGAACAAAAUGAGUGGUACUUCUUUAGUCACAAAGAUAAGAAGUAUCCCACCGGAACUCGCACUAACAGAGCUACAAAAGCAGGAUUUUGGAAAGCUACAGGCAGAGACAAGGCUAUUUACUGUAAGCAUAGUUUGGUUGGCAUGAGGAAGACCUUGGUGUUUUAUAAAGGUCGAGCCCCAAAUGGACAGAAGUCGGAUUGGAUCAUGCACGAGUAUAGGCUAGAAACAAAUGAAAAUGCAACUCCUCAGGAAGAGGGAUGGGUUGUAUGUAGGGUUUUCAAGAAGCGAUUGGCAACAGUGCGGAAGAUGGGUGAGCAUGAAUCGCCAUGUUGGUAUGAUGAUCAAGUUUCAUUCAUGCCAGAUUUCGAUUCCCCUAGGCAGAUUUCACAGCCCUAUGCUUCAUACCAACACCACUACCCUUGUAAACAAGAGCUUGAGUUGCAGUACAACAUGUCUCAUGAUGCUUUCCUCCAGCUCCCUCAGUUAGAAAGCCCACAAGUUCAACAAUCUGUUGCUGGUGUCAGCUGCAACUCCGUGGUUCCAUAUGGUUUUGAUAGCAACAACGGAAGCACUUUGCAGUCCUCGACGCUCACACAAGAAGAACAUGUGAACAAUCAACAAAAUAAGAACUCGCUUUAUGGUAAUAACAAUGAGCAAGCAGUUGAUCAAGUGACAGAUUGGCGAGUCCUGGACAAAUUUGUUGCAUCUCAGCUCAGCCAAGAAGAUGCUGCUAAGGAGACCACAUAUUCGAAUGCAGCUUCCUUUCAAGUGGCUGAACACUUGAACAUGCUAUCCGAAUCAAAGAGGCAAGAAUCGGCUUCAGAAUAUGCCUCAAUGUCCACCCCAAGUUGCCAAAUUGACCUGUGGAAGUGAGAGCAUAUAUAUAAUAUUAUAAGUAAUAAACUUAGAUAUAUAAUAUAUACUAAUUAAUUAUAGGACAUACAAGAAAAGGAAGUCUCGAUCCUGGUUUCUGUACAUAAUAAAGCUAAAUGGUAAUGCUUUAAUUAGUUGUUGCAUUUCUCUGCUACCCUUUGUACUGAUAAUAUAGGCAAGUACUACUCAGACCAGAAAUUUCUAUUCCAAAUAAAUAAAACUCUACUUAGGUGGACUAUUAUUGUACGGCAGAGAGUGCUGUUGGAACUGACUUGGAGAGUGUUGGAUAUAUGUAUUUUCCUUAUUUAAACUUAAUAUGCAUUUGAAGAGGUUAAUUAUUUUGUGUGAUGUCUUUACAUUUAGACUUAUAUUGUUUUAACUGAUAUAGCAUCAGAACAUUGCUUUAUUUUUUAGUGUAAAUUAUAGAAUCAUAUCUCUACCACUAUAAUGUUCUUUAAAAUUUUGUGACCAUAACUCUUUCUUUUUUUUUUUUUUCUUUUUUUUUUUUUUUUUUUUUU